AUGCAUUUUUUUCAUCCUUAUAAAUGGAAACCAACACCUGAAUUAAUACAUGGUGUCUUAAUCAAAUCAUUUCUACCAUUAAAAAAGCACUUAGAAUUAUCUACCCUGAGUGAUAACUAUUCUAAUCUUUACCCUGGUGAUGAAGUAUAUGUUUUCGAGCAAACUAAUGAUGGAAAGUGGUGUAGAGCAUACCUGUGCUGUAUACCAUUACCAGAAGAAUACGUAUCCAAUUUACCAUCACUCUCGACUGAAUUACCUGAUAUCAAAUCCAAAACUGUCAUAUUUCCUACCAAAUAUGCAUAUUUAGAUUUUAAUGAAAAAAUCGCACUUGUUGACUUCUUAAAAUUUCCUGAGACGACUGAUCUAUAUAAAGUGUUUGAUGAGAAUUUAGAAUCUCAGUCCUUUCACGAGAUAAUUAAAGCCAAUUCUAUCAAUAACAGUGAAAAUGAUUUAAGGACAAAAAAACCACCUAAACCCUCUUUUCCAUAUUUUAGAUUUCAAAAUAGAGAGCUUUCAGAAGAAAUUGCAUCAGUUCUAGCUGUUUUAUCUUCACACAUUUAUACUAUGUAUUCGGCACAUGAUUUUCCAAUAUAUGAAAAAAUUACACAAUUAUAUUAUCAACUAGAUACUAUUAGAUUGUUUUUAACUUAUAAACUAACGACUGAAUCUGAACGUAUUACAAUUAUAAGGUCAGCAUGUUCAUUUUUGGUUAAAAUUUCAAAAUUUCUAGCUUCCAAGGAUAAACAAUAUUCAGUACAAAAUUAUAAUAUAGCUCAGGUCUCAAAUGCUGGGGGUAUAAACAUACCAAAUCAUCAUUCUACAGAUCCGUUAGGCUUUGAAGGUAUAUUUGCCCGUAAUAUUUAUUCUGGUGAAUUACCUUAUUUUAACUCCACAAGCUUAAAGACAUUUGUUGCAUGCACUAUGCUGUCGGGAUUAUUAAAUAACUUCCCAGUUCUGAAUUAUAAAGCGUUAGGCCUUGAGUCUCGUCAACCUUUAAGUGAGGAAUUCUCGCAAUCUCAUAUUUUAAUUGAUAUUAAAGGCAUAACGGGUGAUUCUUCAUUAAAUAUUUCAGAAAACAGCGACAUAAUUGCCUUACUAUAUCUAAGGAGCAGAAAAGAAAUAUUAACGGAACCAUUUUCAACCUGUAUUCAAAGGGGUACAACUUCAGAUUUAUCCAAUAUCUCAGCAGCAUUCUUUAGAAACUUACCUGAAACAAAAAUUGAUAAAGGUAGAAUAUUUUUGGUUGUGCGCCUUAUAGAAGAGGUACCGAUUAAUACUACUAAACCUAGUACACCAGUUGGAAAGAAAAGUAACACAGCUAUGGAUACUCCAGGAUCCACAAUAUCUACAUUAAAAAGAGGUAUGGCUGCUGGUGUUAUCGAUAUCUCCCGUGUCUUUUCUGGCAAUAAAAACUCUUUAAUGACUAGUACACCUUACACAUUUCAAUUACAUCUUUUCUGCUCCAUAUUUGAAACUAGAACGAAUAUUAGAAAUGUCGAAGAUGAAUCCUCGUCAAAUGGAGGAUGGGGUGAAUUAAUAGAUCGAAUUCUAAGUGACUCAAGUGAUGGCAUUGCUAUAAAUCCCACGGCUACAAUGCUAUCAGUUAGUGUAAAGGAGUUAAAAGGUAUCGCACAACCUCAAAGUAUACUAAAUUCAUCUACAAUAGCAAUACAGCAUAUUCCUCCUUACUUUUACGACACACUCUCUGAUCCAAUUGAACGAAUCUAUUUACACUUAGGGAAAGUAACUUUAUGUAACCCCAAUAAAGAUAUUAAGAAUAUAACGAUCGAAGUGUCAAGUAGAAAUCCAUCAGUUUUGUUUAAUAUAAGUAUAAAUUCAGUAGAACAACGCAACUGGCAAUUUGUUUGUGUACAGUCAGGAGAAAAUAUUGGUGGGUUGAUUAGAAUAGUAGGAUUAGAAAAUAUGGAGAGUGAUGAGAAGCUAAAGAUUGCAGUAUAUUUAAACGGAUAUUUAAUGGGUAAGUCAUUUAUAUACCUAAAAAAGGGAGGCAUAAUUCAAGAAUACAAGAAAUCUACAGUAUUUCAAUUAAAUUCAUUAAAAAAACAGCCUUUAGUUGAUUUAAACCUAUCCACUGAAUAUCUGGGGAACAAAUUUAAUAUUUCAGCUUCAAUUCAACGCUUGUUUGAUUUACAAGUUUCUGACGAGACUAAAUUUUUACAUCAUUGCAUUACUGUUUCUGAAGACAUGAGAACAAUACCAGUUUCUCAACUUGUUAAACAUUUUAAUUCAAUUAUAUCGAAAUUACUAGAAUUAUAUCAUGAAGUAUCUGGUAAUCAUCAUAAUUCUACUGAGGCCAAAGAUAAAAUUUUUGAAAUUAUAGUUAACUUUAUUGAUGUAAUGCUUUCUGAAGACUCCCAUUGCAAACAUCUUUUCAAGGACUACUUUGAGUAUUAUUCCCUGGAAUCUACACUACCCCAAGUUGGACCAAAAAUAGUAAGAAAUAUGGUUCAAGUAGUAGAUCAAUACCCAGAGCAGCGGGAUAAAACUGGUAGGGCAAUAUGCAGAUCGUCUCUUUAUCUUCUUGGAAUAUCUAUUGUUACAUCGAAGAAUUGCAGGAAGGAGUGGAGACGUGAAAUUCGGUCUUUGUUUAAAUCUAUAACUAAGUUUUUUAGUUCAAGCGAAGAGCAUAUUAUGAGAGAUCAACUUAUAAUAGUCAAACUCUAUUAUUUGCUAAUCGAAACUUUAAUGCCAUACUUUAAAUCAAAGGAGCUAAUAGGGUUUACAUAUGAUCUAUUCUCUACUUCACACGCACGUGAAAUUGAAAUGUUUAAACGCUCAUAUGGAAAACUUUCUCUUGGUCAAGAAAAAUAUCUGAAUUGUAAGCUAUCCCUUAUGAAACAAUUCAUUUCACAUGAAGAAAUUAGUAAAUACCUCUUUAAAACUGGACUAGAAGAUGAAAUUCGUUUAAAAUUCAUAUCUAAUUGUAUUAACUGGCUUCUAGAAGUAUAUCUCUUCCAAUCAAAGCAACCAUCAUUUAUUUCUUCUAUUCGUCUUGCUAAUAGUGUAAUCAUUACACUAUUUGAAAAUAUUGAAGAUAUUAAGGUGGCAAGAAAUAUCAUAAGGCUUGCCCCAAUUUUUACUCGUAUUUUUAUUAUGGUUCGAAAACUUUGUAAACGUGCAGAUCUUUUCAAACCUCGAAGAACAUUUUCAAGAAUAUUUCCAGAUGAAGUCCCUUGCAGUGUUCUACCCAUGGAUUCAAUUGUAAGCGCAGAGGUAGUAGUAGAAGUAUUAUUGGAACUGGCUACAAUUUUGUGUGCUAUUUCUAAAAUUGCAGAAUUUCACUAUGGUUCUGAACCUUCUUUAGGUGAUAUUAUAUCUGAAAGCGUGUCGGAUCUACACUUUCAAUCUGUUUUUUAUUUGAACAAAAUAACUAAAGAUGAUCUACUAAAACUAAUACAAGCAAUAAAAUUAGUGUUUAGAGGAGAUUUUUACUCCUCUAAUAAAUGGCUAAGUGUGUCUGCUAUGUUUACCAGAUGCUGUACUAUUUUACUAGGUCUCUUCAAGAACUUUUUAAUUUUUUCUUAUCAGCCUACAUAUAACUCUAGUAUCCAAGACUUUGAUUUCUCAAUAUGGAAAGAAUAUUUUAAAGCACUAUUAUUGCUGAUUAAUCAAAAAUCCUCCUUUGUUGUAAAAUUGACAGUUAUUCCAAGAAAGGCUGUUUUCAGAAUACUAGGAGAUACAAUGACGCAACUGGGGAAACUGGUAAACGAUUGUUGGGAUGCUCUGGCUGAAUAUGACUAUAAUAGUACAAAUGCGAGAAAAUACGGUCUUGGAUAUUUGAGUUCUUAUCAGUUAUUUCUAUUUGCAAAUAAUGGUGCUUUGGUCCGCGCUAUAUUAAUAUCUGCUUUUCAUAGGCACGUAUAUCUAAACACCGUGAGCACAAAGAUUAUUUGGAGUACACUUCUGAAUUUAUGGGGUGAAUAUCACUCACUACAGCCAGCUCGUGAAUUAAUACACCCUGAGAUAUACAACAGUUAUAAAAUCAAUGCCUUAUAUAUAGAUGAUAAAUCAAUUGAUAGGUUCUUUAAAUAUAUCUCAUUUUUCUUACAUUGUCCUAAUACUGAUGAAAUAUGUGAGCCAUUAACCGAAUUCAUGAAAGAUUCAUUCGCCUUCUUUAAGGUAAUAUCAGAUUGUUAUAAAAUACCCCCAGAAGAAGAAUUUGAAAAUGAUAGGACUGCUUUACAGAUUGAAAUGUUUGGUUUCUUGCUGAAUGCUAACCGACCAGAAUUAUUUCAUCAAAUGAUUAAUGACUUGUUCUUACAUUUCAUUGAGAGGAAAGAUUAUACACAGGCGGCUUUGAGUAUAGAAUUGCUAGCUAAUACAUAUGCAUGGAAUCCAAAUGAUCUGCUUCCUCCAAUUCCUUAUCCAUCUUUACCAGAACAAUCUUCUUUUGAAAGAAAAGAAUACCUAUACAAAGAAGCUGCGAAGAAUUUUAGGAAAGGAUCGAAACUUGAAAAAGCUCUAUCAAUUCAUAAGGAUCUGAUAACCGCAUAUGAUCAAAUUAAUUAUGAUCUAGGCGGUUUGGCAUAUGUUCAUGGCCAGAUUGCAGAACUGUAUACAGAUUUGCAAAUAGUAGAUAGAAUUGUACCAACUUACUUCAAAGUUUCAUUUAUGGGAUUUGGAUUUCCAAAUAAUAUUAGAAAUAAGACUUUUAUUUUUGAAGGAUUACCAUUUGAACAUAUAUCUUCUAUGCAUAAUAGAUUACUUCGUGUCUAUCAUGGCUCUUCAAUUGUUCAAUCUCAAGAAAAAGCAAAUGAUCUAUUAAUGAAGUCCCCAUUGGGCAAAUUCAUAUAUAUUCAAACAGUAGAGCCAAGAUUACAGAUAUCCGAUGAAUAUACCAUUAGUGAUAAAAAUAGCUCAUUGAAUAACAAAAUUAGAAUGUAUAUUGAAAAUAGAGAAUUGAGAACAUUUACAAAUUCACGAAGGUUACCAGGUGGUACUAAUGUGACAGAUAUUUGGACUGAGGAAUAUACUUAUUCAACUGUUUCCACUUUCCCCACUAUUAUGAAUAGAUCGGAAGUUCAUCAAAUAUCUGUUCGCAAAAUGUCGCCACUAGAAAAUGCUACAAGAACGUUACAAUUAAAAAUUCAAGAUUUAAACGGUUUAGAAAAUAUGUGCCAUAAAAUACUUAAAGAAAACGGAGAUUUUUCUAAUGUGUUUAGUGAGUUGUCACGAGAUAUAUCUGGUACUAUCGAUGCUCCUGUAAAUGGUGGUAUUCUGCAAUACCGCGAGUUUUUAAAAGACGGAAAUGGAUAUAAGUUGGAUAAAAAUUCAUUAAAUAUCUUGUUGCGUAGUUUUGAUGAACUAGCAUUAGUAUUAAGCCGCUGUUUAUUGUUACAUAUUCGAAUGUUGCCAUCAGAUGAUCUUAUAGAAUCACAUAAGAUGCUUGUUCAAAUGUUUUCUCAAAAUUUCGAAGGCGAAAUUAUUAAAAAUGAUAUCGAUCUUGACAUUCUGUUGGUGAAUCCAGUAUCCACAUCUAUAACAGCUAUAAGUUCCACAGCAAGUAUCGUUGGAUUGAACUCUUCUAAUGUGAUGAAUGGAUCUGGAACAGGAUCUAAUAUGGGUAAUCAUGGCCGUCUUUCUAAAGUAAAUUCUUCAGAUUCAUUGCAAGAUCUUCUGUCAGCUACAAAUAGUUUAUAUCGGUGA